GAAGAAGAAGAAGAAGAAGAAGAAGAAGAAGAAGAAGAAGAAGAAGAAGAAGAAGAAGAAGAAGAAGAAGAAGAAGAAGAAGAAGAAGAAGAAGAAGAAGAAGAAGAAGAAGAAGAAGAAGAAGAAGAAGAAGAAGAAGAAGAAGAAGAAGAAGAAGAAGAAGAAGAAGAAGAAGAAGAAGAAGAAGAAGAAGAAGAAGAAGAAGAAGAAGAAGAAGAAGAAGAAGAAGAAGAAGAAGAAGAAGAAGAAGAAGAAGAAGAAGAAGAAGAAGAAGAAGAAGAAGAAGAAGAAGAAGAAGAAGAAGAAGAAGAAGAAGAAGAAGAAGAAGAAGAAGAAGAAGAAGAAGAAGAAGAAGAAGAAGAAGAAGAAGAAGAAGAAGAAGAAGAAGAAGAAGAAGAAGAAGAAGAAGAAGAAGAAGAAGAAGAAGAAGAAGAAGAAGAAGAAGAAGAAGAAGAAGAAGAAGAAGAAGAAGAAGAAGAAGAAGAAGAAGAAGAAGAAGAAGAAGAAGAAGAAGAAGAAGAAGAAGAAGAAGAAGAAGAAGAAGAAGAAGAAGAAGAAGAAGAAGAAGAAGAAGAAGAAGAAGAAGAAGAAGAAGAAGAAGAAGAAGAAGAAGAAGAAGAAGAAGAAGAAGAAGAAGAACGAGGCACGAAGAUAACGUGGCAUGAAGCACCAGUUGACCCUGACAUUGGGAGCGAUUCUGUGGCUCACACGCGAGGUAAUAAAUCUAAAAGUCACGACCUCGAGGCCUCCAUUUGA